AUGUCUCAAUAUCAAGAAGAAGAAGAGCUAUGUGAUGAAGAGCUUAUCGGACCCGCACCAGUACAGACUUUAGAGAAGCUGUCAGAGGCUGGAUAUUACACUGUUGAGGCUGUCGCAUACACCCCCAAGAAGUCGUUGUUAUCUAUCAAGGGUAUUUCUGAAGCAAAGGCUGAUAAGAUACUAACUGAGGCCACCAAAUUAGUACCGAUGGGUUUUACAACAGCCACAAGAUUUCAUGAUUUAAUGAGCGAACGUAUUCAUCUGACGACAGGAGCAAAAGAACUCGACAAACUUCUCGAUGGCGGAAUAGAGACUGGUUCUAUAACGGAACUGUUCGGAGAAUUUCGUACUGGGAAAAGUCAACUAUGUCACACGCUUGCCGUAACAUGCCAGCUUCCAGUUUCAAUGGGUGGUGGUGAAGGGAAAUGUAUAUAUAUAGACACCGAAGGUACCUUUCGACCUGUACGAUUGUUGGCAGUUGCGGAGAGAUUUGGAUUGAAUGGAGAAGGAGUGAUGGAUAAUAUCGCAUAUGCGAGGGCUCACAAUACCGAUCAUCAGAUGCAAUUACUUGUUCAAGCUGCGGCUAUGAUGGCUCAAUCGAGAUUUGCGCUAUUGAUCGUCGACAGCGCGACGGCACUCUACAGAACAGAUUAUUCUGGUCGGGGUGAAUUGUCUGCUAGACAAAUGCAUUUGGCAAGAUUUCUUCGUACUCUUACUCGACUGGCGGAUGAAUUUGGCGUGGCGGUGGUGGUAACGAAUCAAGUAGUCGCUCAAGUUGAUGGGUCUGCUAUGUUUAAUCCGGAUCCUAAAAAGCCUAUCGGUGGUAAUAUUAUUGCUCAUGCAUCAACAACAAGACUCUAUCUUCGUAAAGGCCGAGGAGAGCAAAGAAUCUGCAAAAUAUAUGAUUCGCCAUGUUUACCCGAGGCUGAAGCUGUGUUUGCCAUAAACGCUGAUGGUAUUGGUGACCCGAAGGAAUAG